CCAACGCCAAACAGCGGUUCCAUGGGCCCCAAGGCACAGCGAAUGACAUAUAUACCCCCUCUUGUUCGUCCCCGUCUUUUUUGGUAUGCGUGAGACUGUUGUCAACAGACUAGGGUAGCUUCGGCUACGACGUGAGCUGCAUUUCCCACCGGAACUGCAACAUGAAGCGGCACAGCGGGGAUUUGUCUUUCCUGCAUGUUGUGAUGCUAUGCUGGACCAGGACCUCCGCGGCCUCUCAGCGGACAUACCCACUCGUGUGUGCGUGCCUCUUGGAUGUCGUCGUGGUCAGCCUCGGCGGGAUCGGUGGGAUGGGAGAUGGCGAGCCUGUGGAACCACGGAGCAACGCCGAAAAUUCGAGGCGGCCAAUCCGCUCGGGGGCCGGGCCCCUGUCCACCAAUCGCCGUGGUGCUGGAACGUGGGUUCCGCUUUUCGCGCGUCCGCCCCCGGGUUUGGCGGAGAUUGAUUGCUUCGGGAGAAGGAGCGCUGAAGCCUCGUUCUCCAUCGUUACACACUCGCAUACCUGAGCAUGCGCAGUGGCGCGCAUGAAGGGUCGAACACUUGCUCUUGGCUAUUUUUUGCAGGUUUUUUUUUGUGGCCUUCUUUCCUUCGUGUCGUGUUCCAGGUUGCCUUCCAGGUUGCCAGGCUCGCCAGG